AACAAACGUGAAGGAAGUCCGGUUUUGAAAAGCAUAUAAAAAAGACAAGAUGGUAGAUGGAUCAUCAUUCGGCAGCGACUGUUUAGAAUAUCACAACCAUGUACAAAUUGUUAGUGUUCACCGCCAUCCUCGGCCUUGCUGCCGCUAAGCCCAGCGUGGGCUAUGGAUUGGGAUAUUCAGCUGGCUAUGGAUCAUAUGCUCCAGGAUUAUCGUACACUUCAUCUUACGCUGCCCCAGCGGUGUCUUACGCUGCACCAGCAGUGUCCUACUCCGCCCCAGCGGUGGCUUACUCUGCUCCAGCAGUCUCUUACUCAGCUCCAGCGGUAUCUUACUCUGCCCCAGCGGUGUCUUACUCUGCUGCUCCAGCGGUGUCUUACUCUGCUGCUCCAGCGGUAUCCUACUCUGCCCCAGCUGUAUCAUACUCCGCCCCAGCAGUGUCUUACUCCGCCCCAGCUGUGUCGUACGCCGCCCCAGCAGUUCGUUAUUCCGCCGCCCCCGUUGUCGCCACCUCCUCAGUCCGGUACUCAGCUCCCGCUGUCUCCGUAGCCCCAGUAGCUGCCGCCGUAGCCGCACCCGCCGUAGCCGCACCCGCCGUAGCCGCCCCCGCCGUAGCUGCUCCCGCCGUAGCGUACCCCGCUCCAGCUGUAUCUUACGCUAAGCCAGUCCUCGCCUACACGGCAUCUUCUCUUGCCCCUGUAGCCUACUCUGGCUACGGAUACGGAAGCUAUGCCGACUACUCUCCCCUGGCUUACUCCGCCUACUCUGGAUACGGCCUUGGCUACGAUUACUCCUCUCCUUUCGGAUACUGGAAGAAGCAAUCAAACACAACCAUGUACAAAUUGUUGGUAAUCGCUGCAGUGCUGGGGCUUUCAGCCGCCAAGCCUAACAACUACUAUCUCCCCCCCACCACUGGUGUGGCAUAUUCAGCGCCUGCUGUUGCCGCCGUAGCCACUCCCGCCGUCCGUGUGGCCGCCCCAACCUACACCGCUGCCACCGCAUACGCCGCCCCUGCCUACACUGCGCCUGCAGCCGUCGCUACGCCAUCGUACGCUGCCCCUGUCGCCAGGACUUACGCCGCACAGGCAGUCGCCGCCCCAGCUGUUGCCACUCACGCCGUCGCAGCCCCAGCUGUGGCUGCUCCCGCAUACCGUUCCUACGCUGCUCCAGCCAUCGCUGCCGCGCCCGCCGUCGCUGCCCCAGCCGUGACUUACUCCGCCCCAGCUGUCCGUGUUGCUGCCCCGGCCGUCGCCGCUCCCGUUAGCUAUGGCGCCCAUGCCGUCGCCUACUCAGCUCCCGCCGUAGCUGCUGCCCCCGCUGCUGUGGCCUACUCCGCCCCAGCUGUGGCUGCCGCCCCUGCUGUCGCCUACUCUGCCCCUGCUGUCGCCUACUCCGCCCCUGCUGUCGCCUACUCCGCCCCCGCCGUCGCCGCUGCCCCCGCCGCUGUUGCCUACACCGCCCCAGCCGCCGUAGCCUACUCCGCCCCUGUAGCCUACUCUGGCUACUCCGCGUCCGCCCCUGUAGCCUUCUCGGGCUACGCCGCGACUGCCCCCGUCUACUCCGGCUAUGGUUACAUCAAGAAAUAAAUUAAUUUAAUAUAAUAGCGAAAUCAAUACAAUAAACUGCUGAAAUCAUCA